CAUUUAAUUAAAACCAUCUUAAAUGAACCGAUCCUUCUUAAACGUGACAAAAAAAACUUUUAUUUGUAAAUCUCGGAGCAAUAUGGUAAUGCAAGAACCAAACACUAGAGAAGAUAAAAGCCGCUGUCGAUAAAUUACCACACAUCCUUGAUAAUUUGCCAAUUUCCCUUUGGUAGCGGCAGCCGUGGAUUUGCCUUCUUCGGCCCAGCCUUGAUAUCAGAUCUGAAUUGCCCAACACCAAUGUCGAUUUUAGAUUUGGAGACAAAUGGUGCGAGGUAUCUUUGUUGAUUGUGAUAAUUUUCAAGAAGGACGGGCGCAGUACUGUUUGUUAAUCUCUCUAGUGUGAAAGCGGAACGCGACCGGGCUGUGGUGAAGCCUCCGUCGGAAAGUCCCUGCAGCUGGGACGGAAACUAGUAAAUCGUUUUGUUUUUAUUUCGGAUUGGACGUGACUUGACAAGGCCCAACAGGUCCGAUCCCUAACUAUUUGAAAGUAGCAAUUCUGACCUUGAAAGCUGCCGCACACCGAAGGUUUUGCCUUCGUGCGAACUUGAGAGACGUCCAAUGCUGAGGGUACCAUGGCGGACUCUGAGCAACUGGAAGAAAAGCUUAAGAAACUUAUCGUUCGGCUCCAAAACGUGGAGCAGGGAAAACAAUUAAAUGCUUUGCUUCAGAUUUUGGAAGAUUUAAUUCACCUUACCACCGUUCAAAAUGCCUCAACCCUAUUCGAAAAUAAGAAUGUCCACAUGCCGCUGUUGGUUGUUCUGGAAUCUUUUGCUGAUGUAUCCAGUAUUCAACAGACAGGUUGGUCUUUAUUUUGUAAACUGGUUCAGCUGUGCCCAGACACAAUUAACAAGUUGGCUGUACCCCAAGAUGUGGGGAAGGACUGGGAUGUUCUUGGUGUGCAUCAACAAAUCCUGAAUUUGUUGUCGAGUUACCGUUUUGAUCCUACCAUACUGCUGAUUGGCUUUGAGGUGUUAAUACUGCUUAUUCAAUCAGAUGAAAUUUCAUUAUUGCUCCAAGAUGAAGAAAUUGAUGUUUUUUCUAUUAUUAUCGAUGGGAUGCGGCAAUUUGCCAAACAUUGUGAAAUCCAGAUGCAUGGAUGUCAAGUAUUACACCGACUCUUAGAAAAAGUUUCAGAUGAACACGUGCUUGAAUUUGUGGAAGUGGGAGAUCACUUAGUCAUUCUUGAAGCCAUAAAAAACUUUUCGGAACAUGAGGGUACAGUUUUGAAUGGUCUAAAGGCUCUACUUCCCUUGGCUACUUCACAAAAUAAUGUGGAAAUGUUGAUGUCUGGAAAUGAAAAAUGUUACAAUUUGGUAAUGGAUGUAAUGAAAAGAUUUUCCAACAGUGAGGCGAUUCAUGAAAUUGGUUGCUGUUUAUUUCAGAGGUUUGCACUUGAUAAUUUUUAUAGUAUUUUGGUUCUGAAUGGUGCACACAAGAUUGUCAUUGAAGCGGUUGUGAAAUAUCCACUGAAUGGAACUUUACAAGCUGCAGCUCUGAGCAGUAUGGCUCUUUUAACUGAAACAAUAUUCACAAAUAAGGAUCUUGGUGAGCAAAAAGAUGAUCUCUGCUGGCUGGAGGUUUGCUGCAAAGCUUUGGAGUUGUACAAGGGGAAUACAAAGGUCCAGGAAGCAGCUUGUUGGGCUCUGAACAAUCUCCUGGUACAUCAGAAUAAUCUUCAUGCAAAAAUUGGAGAUGAAGAAGCACGUUAUCCCGUUCAUAGACAAGUGAUGGCAGCCAUGUUGUUACACUCCGGAUCGAAGGAAGUAUUUCGGGCAGCUGCAAGUACUCUGGCAACUUUGGCAGAUCAAAGCAUGCAAAUAAGGAAACUACUGUUGGACAAAGGGAUACAUAUCAACAUUUUAGAACAAAUGAAAAAGCAUUUGGACUCUAGCGAUGUCUUGGAAAGUGCCUGCAAGUUACUUAAUAAACUUUAUCUGGGAAGGAAUUUGAAUCUGGACGUCAGGACCUUAACAUUAACGAGAAUAGUGAGCACAUUAAAGAACCAUACAAACAAUUGUUCAGUACAGCUUGAGGCCCUUCAGGUUAUAUCACAUAUAACUUGCCCAGUUUCCAAGAUCAAUCGGAAAGAAGAUUUGUUAAAUGUGGAUGUGUUGGAAUCAAUGCAGAAAUUAAUUCAUAAACAAUGCUUGUUGGAGGGUUUACACAAAUUGGUUCUUCAAUCUUUGAACAAGUUCAUUCAGAAUUCAGCAAUCCAACAGUGUGGCCUUCAAGUGUUGUGUUCUAUUACUGAUUGCUCAGACACGAAGGAUCUAACAAAACAUGGGGUUUUGGACACCAUAAUCCAUACUCUGCAAAUGUAUCCAUAUAAAAGAGAAAUUCAGUAUCUGGGACUAAAACUAUUGGAAGUUCUUAUUCCUGAGAAAGAUUUGCCUCAAUCAUUUUUAAUGUUAUUGGCAAGUGUUUUGGUGGAGAUAUUACACCUAUAUGAAGAGGACACAGAAGUGCAAAUACAGGGUUUUCAAACAGCUUUGUUAUAUUUUGAAGUCAUACCAGCUAUCACUGAAAUUUUCUUCAAGGAAUGCAUUGACACAUUUAUUUCCCAUCAGCUGGCAAAAUGCAAAAACAGACAGCUACAGACCCUCCUUUUCAAGUGCAUAUCCAAAUUGGCUAUUGAUCGUGGAAUACGAAAUCAGAUGCUUGAAAGUGCUUGCUCAGAAAAUAAUAUCAUGAUAGCAAGAUAUUUAAUCAAGUCGAAGGCUGAUGUCAAUCAGAAAUGUAAGAAUGGAUCAUUAAUUUACCAGGCUUGUAUGAAAAAGAGAAGCCCAUUUUUAGUGGAACUUCUGCUCAACAGCGGAGCACAUGAGCAGGAUAUUCAGAAAGCUUUACAUGUCAGCAUUAAAAUGGGGGAUGACAAAAUCAUAAGCAUGCUAUUAAGAAAACUUGGAUUAGAUCAAAACAAUAAAGCUAUUUGCUUAAGUGGACUUCAUAUGAGGAAGAUUGAAGCUGCUUGGUUGCAUCCACUGUUUCCUGAUGAAAAUGUUCCACAUUCAAAACAACAACCAAUGACUGUUGCUUCCUUUGGACUCUGGCAAAAUGGUACAUCAGAAUCAACAUCUUUGGUAAUGCAGAAUUCAAAUACAAAUUCUGAACUGUGUUACUAUGAGGAAGUAUUGGAUAAAAAUAAUGAUUGUACUCUGUUGUCAAAUGUAUUGGCAACUGAUGGAAAAGAAAAUCUCAUCUUUAACGACUUGGUGAGCGAAGGAAGUGAAGCACUGGCUACGAAUUCAAAUGAUACCAUCUGUUCUGGAACAUACAGCGAAUCCACGGUUAAGUUGAGGCACUACAAUUUAUUGAAUGAACCUAACGAUGUCGAGCUUGCAGUUAACGCAAAUGGGAGAGUGACUUCUCCAAGAUCAGAAUACCCAUGCUUUCUCCUAGAUGGUGCACAAAAAGGACCCUCGUUUGAAAGUGGACAAGAUGAUUUGUUACACCUUGGCUUUGAAACAGAAUAUAUCAGGUCAUUGGACCUAUCUGGAAAUGAAUUGGACAAUGUAAACUGCAUCAGUGAAAAAUGUAUUGCUGGACAGCUAGCACGACUGCAAAAACUGGAUCUAAGACAUAAUAAUUUGAGGAAUUUCUCACAGGAUUUGUGCUCUGUUCUCAAGUGUCUGACUGAUAUAGACUUGAGCAACAACAAGCUGACCUCUUUUCCUUCGUGCAUACUUGAAAUGCACUUCAUUAAAUUCCUUGAUAUCUCCGCAAAUAUCAUUGGACAUUUUCUGAACAUGAACUGCAAAUGCCCGACCCUGAAAAAAUUAAACUUGUCUCAUAACCAGCUCUCAUCUUUCCCAGCAUGUCUUGCAGAAGCCACAGAGAAACUUGAAGAAUUGUUACUUGUAGGAAACAAAAUUAACACAACCGUGCCUUCAUUAUGUUUGACUGAACUUACGCUACUAGAUCUUAGUCAAAACUGCAUUUCAACUCUAUCGGAUACAUUUAUUACACAAUGCUCAAAGCUGGAAACAUUCAGAGCCUCAGAGAAUCGACUCAGCCUUUUGUUUGGUUUACCAUCGAAAAUUACUACAAUUGAUUUGGCCAGCAAUAAUUUCAGCGGAGUUCCCGAUGCAGUUCUCAAGCUUCAACACUUAAGGAGUGUAAACCUAAGUCACAAUAAGAUUUCACUGCUUCCUGGGCCGGUUCAUUGGGAGUCUUCAAGCCUAAGGGAGCUCAUAUUUAGCCAUAAUCAAAUUGGUUCUUUGGAUCUCCAUGAAGGAGUGAGCAAAUGGUCAAGACUAGAAAAGUUGGAUCUUUGCAAUAACAACUUGAAGGAGCUACCUCCUCAGAUUGGCCUGCUAAACAACGUGACGUCUUUACUCCUGGGUCAUAACUCUGACUUGAGAUCCUUGCCUAAUGAAAUGGGAAAGUUGCAAAAGUUGUGGGAACUUGACUUACAAGGAUUGUCUCUGGAUUUGGACUUGAAACACGUUGGCAGCAAAACAAAAGAUAUAAUCAGAUUUCUGCAUCAGCGUCUGAAGAAAGCUGUGCCUUAUUACAGAAUGAACCUGAUGGUAGUGGGAAAUUCUGGAAGUGGUAAAACCACUUUGCUUCAGCACCUGAUGAAAUGCAAAUGGUCCAAUUCUGAACCAGAGAAAUCUAUGAUUGGAAUUGAUAUUAAGGAGUGGACCAUUCAUGUAAAAGGAAAAAUAGGGAAAAAAAAGGAUUACUUGUUGAAUGUCUGGGAUUUUGCAGGCCAGUUUGAGUUCUACAGCACGUUUCCCCACUUUAUCUCCCAACGAGCCCUAUACCUUGUUGUUUAUGACCUGAGUAAAGGAGCUGGUGAGAUUGAUGCUAUCAGACAUUGGCUUUUCAACAUUAAGGCCCAUGUUCCGUCUUGUCCUGUAAUUCUUGUUGGAACUCAUAUUGAUGUGACUGAUGAAAAGCAUCGGCAAAGCUGUAUACCCAGAAUUCAGACAGAAUUCAUUCAGCAUCAUAAUUUCCCUUCAAUCCGUGAUUGCCAUUUUGUGGUGGCUACAGAAGAAUCUGAAUCUAUAGCAAAACUGCGAAGAGCUAUUAUUAGCGAAAUACAGACAUUCAAGAUCAAAGACCAGCCUGUAAUGGGCAAGUUGGUCCCUCAGGGAUACUUGGAGCUGGAAAAGAGGAUUAUACAGGAGCGAAAGAGUGUCAUGGCAGAAUUUCCAGUAAUUCAUCAGCAGAGGCUGUUGGAAAUAGUUCAGGAGAAUCAGUUGCAGUUGGAUGAAAAUGAACUGCCCCAUGUUGUUGACUUCCUCAAUGAUUCUGGUGUUCUGCUGCAUUUUCGUGAUCCAGCCCUUCAGUUACAAGAUCUUUAUUUUAUUGAUCCACAAUUGCUGUGUAAAACAAUUUCACAGAUUGUAACUAUUAAAGCAUCUGGUUUUCCAAAGCACCCUUCUGGCAUUAUUUAUCGAUCUGAUGUUGAGAAAUUUCUCUCACAAGAAAAUGGUCUUCCCCAAAAUUGCCUAUCACAAUACAUCAGGCUUCUGGAAAAAAUUCAAAUUGCAUUGCCUUUAGGAGAGGAACAACUACUGAUUCCAAGCAGCUUGUCUGAUCGGAGACCUGCAAUUGAACUUCCACAUAGUGAAAACUGCGAAUUGAUAGUAAGGCUUUAUGAAAUGCCUUACAUUCCAAUAGGAUUCUGGUCUAGACUUAUCCACAGACUGCUUGAAUUUUCGGGUUGCAUGUUUCGUAGACAAGAUGAAGGGAAGCCUCUCCGUUCCAAUAGGACAUAUUGGAGACAUGGAAUCUAUCUGAUCUGGUCACCCGAAGCCUAUUGUCUUGUAGACUCAGCAGCCUUGAACAAUAAACCAGAGAGUGUUCUCAAAAUAACUGUUCCAUGCUCCAGAAAGGGGUACAUUCUGUUGGGCCAAAUUGUGGAUCACACUGAUUCCCUGUUAGAAGAGUGGUUUCCGGGACUUCUGGAAACGGAUAUAAAUGGUGAUGGUGGGAGUCUAUUGAAGAAAUAUGCCAUGUACAGUUUUGAAAAUGGUCAAGAAUGCCAGCAGAUCCUAUUGGAUGACUUACUAGAUGUUGCAGCAAAAGAUGAUUUUUUGACUUGUCCAUGUGAUAGAAGCCAGAAAAUUUCAAUUUCUCAAAUUGCCCCAGAUCUUGUGCUGGUUGAUUUACCCCAGAAUAUUAUACUGGAUGUUAACCAACUUGAACUUGAACAGUCAUCUGAUUUUCUGUUGGGUGAUGGAGGAUUUGGAUCUGUGUAUCAUGCAACUUACAGACACAAAGAAGUGGCUGUUAAAAUAUUUAACAAGCACGUUUCACAGAUGUUUCUACAUCGUCUUUUGAGACAAGAACUUGCAGUUCUUUCUCAGUUGCUUCAUCCAAGUCUAAUUUUAUUAUUUGCGGCUACCUUUCGGCCUCGGAUGUUGGUAUUGGAAUUGGCACCCAAAGGGUCCCUAGAUCUGUGUCUUAACCAUGAGAAAGAACACCUUAAUCAAAAACUUCAACAUCGGAUAGCUCUACAAGUGGCUGAUGGUUUAAGAUACCUACAUUCAUCAAAGAUAAUAUAUCGAGACUUGAAGCCUCAUAACGUGCUACUGUUCAGCUUGAAUCCGAAUUCUGCUGUAAUUGCCAAAAUUGCUGAUUACGGUAUUGCUCAAUAUUGCUGUAGAAUGGGAAUUAAGAACUCUGAGGGGACACCAGGAUUUCGAGCACCAGAAGUUGCAAAAGGAAAUGUCAUCUACAAUCACCAAGCGGAUAUAUAUUCCUUUGGAUUACUUUUAUAUGACAUAAUUACGAAUGGUAAAAGAAUCUCUGAUGGAAUGAAGUUUCCGAAUGACUUUGAUGAGAUGGCAGUUCAGGGGAGAUUGCCAGAUCCAGUCAAAGAAUUAAACUGUUCACCAUGGCCUGGUAUACAGAACUUAAUUGAACAUUGUCUGAAGCAAAAUGCUGAGGACAGACCUACAUCUUCUCAGGUAUAUGAGAGACUGAACUCUGUGCAACUGUUGUGUUUGAAGAGAAUAAUGGCCGUACCCAGUAAUCUUACAGCAGAGUGCAUGGUAGCCACAAACCCAAUUUGCAAAAAGCCUAGCGUCUGGAUUGGUAGUGGAAAAAGAGAUAAAGCACAACUUUCCUCUCUGGAGCUGGAUACUGAAGGCCAGACUGUUAUGGAUAUUAAUGAUAAUUGCAUUUUGUGCCUGGCAUUCAUAUCUGUGAUUGGUGAACAAGUUAACUGGGUUGUUGCUGGCACACAGUCCGGACGUUUGUGGGUAGUUAGCGCGGAGAAUGUACAAUCAACUCAUCAACUUCGGAAAAUGUCUGAUUCUAUUACAUGUUUGUUCUUCACCAAUCAUUCCAAGAAAAGCAAAGAAGACAACUUGCUUUUGGUGGGAACAGCAGAUGGGAAGCUUGUUAUUUUUAAGGAUACAACGGUAAAGUAUCAAGAUGGUGCACCAGUGAAGGUUGUGGAAAUUGGCGACAUCAGUACUCCUUUAGUAUGUUUGAGUAUUUCGUCCAUUUCAGGACAGGUGACCUACUGGGCAGGCUGUGGAACAAAAGUCGUAUCACUCAACUGUGAUUUUACAGUUCAGAAGAUGAUGGAGACAAAAACUAGGCCACUAAGACAACAGAAAUGUAAUAAUGGAAAUAUUAUCACAAUGGUGAUUGAUAAUUAUAUUUAUCUGGUAAAGAAGGGCAGCCAUGUUGUCGAACUGUGGGACAAAAAUGUAGAUAAAAUAAGUCUGAUAAUUGACUGUGCAUCUGUUCUUAAAAAUGACACCUAUUCUGCAAGAGUGAAAGCAUUGCAUCUUCAAAAGGGAACUACCCUUUGGAUUGGAACAGGAGGGGGUGACAUCAUAUUAUUUGACCUUUCCACUCAUCAACCCAUUUGUGUAUUGGAUACAUUUUGCCACUCCAUUAGAAGCAUGGUGACAAUACAAAUUGAAAAGGAAUGCCAUUGCACUGUCUUGCUGAUUCUAGGAAAUGUUAAUAAAGAUUAUUUCGAAGACGACAAAUGGCAGAAAGAAGAACAAUCACAGCUGUUUGUAUGGGAUAUGAGCCUGCCUUAUGAGAUCCAGAACUUGAAGAAUCAUAAUGAUAUUCGAAGAGAAAUAACCACGAAAAUGAGGAGUGGAUCAUUGAACUAAUUGCAUGUGGGCAAAUACUUAUGAAUAUAUUUUUAACUUAACAAUGUUUUAUAUGUAUUGAAAUUAUGAAGUUCUCAACCUAAUAUUUUAAAGUUCUAGUUAGGCAAUAUACAAAGUAUUACACACACAAGAGCUACACAAUGUCUCCUGUGCUUGCCCAUUGCACAAAUGUUCUUUGUAAGAAUUGAAACUUUACAUUUGAGUAGGAAUACUUUCAUCCUGACUAUAAUUUUGUUAUUGUCAUGUUGUUUUAAACCUUUAUGUUUAUUUAUAAAUAUAUGUGCCUUUUUGGCUAUUGUCCUCAACUGAGUGAUUUCGCAACACAAAAUAAUGCUGAGGGAGUAGCAAUCUGAUGGUUCCAUUAUCUAUGUUCUAAAUUCUGCACUGAAGGGCCAUAUGAGAGGGCUGAGUUUCAUGAGCCAUAAAGAACAAAUCCAGUUGAUGGUUGCCACAUUGGAAUUUGUGCCUAUCAAAUGGCCUAUUAUCAAUAAUAGCUAAUGAAAGAAAUCAGGGAAUUUGAUGAAAUGUAUAUUAAGCCAUGUUCAAUUUUUAUGGAAUAAUGCUUAGAACUUGCUAGAGAAAUUACCUUUUAAAAUGAAAACCACCUGCUUGAGAUAAUUGCAUGUAUAUAUUUAAAAAACAGAUUUGAACCGCAUACCACUUAUAGAGCAUUUGGGGGGCAAAAUGACAAGGGCAGCACUGUUCUUAUUUGAUGCCGCAUUGCUGGCUGAAAAAGAACAUUCAGUGAAGGAUCCCGAUCCAAAACAUUGUCCAUUCCCUCCACAGAUGCUUUCUGACCUGCUACGUUCCUCCAGCACUAUGUGUUUUGUCUGAGACUCGAGCAUCUGCAGUUUCUUGUCUCCAUUGGAAAAAACUAUUUGUUAACUGUAUAAAUUCCAACCAUACCUGAUAAGAUUUGCAAUUUGAAGUAUAGCCUGAGGUGAAAUAAUAAUACUUUGUGUCUUUAAACUGUUGGGUUGUCUAACAAUCCUAUAAUUGUACUAGUAGAAUCACAAUUUCAAUACAAAUUUUUGCUACUUCUAUUUCAUUCACCACAAUUAAUGCUUACAGCUUCACUCGGAUUUCCUAUUCAUCAAAUUAGUGUCCUGUAUUUCUUUUUUGUCCCAUUCCCACUUUUAUGUUUUCCCAUCCUAUGCUGCUCACCCCCCUGCCUCAUCCACUCACCAUUUUUCUACAUUCCUUCCCCAUCUGCUUUCAAGUGCAAUCCCAAAUUUUUAUAAGACGCAUAUAAAAACAAAGCGGCUUUAUGUUAAACUGUCAUUGUUUAAUUUUAGUUUUUAAUCUGUCACUUUUCAUUUUUUUGGAUUCCCAUCUCAUACGCCCUUUGAUAAGCAGCGCAAAGAACCAACAAAUAAAAAAAAGAUAGUACAAUACAGUUUACAUUUGAAAGUAUUUGAAAAUGUUUAGGCCUUUUCAUUGUCCAAUUUCGUUGUCCUGUAUAAUUCAGUAUAACUAAGCUUAUGUAGGAAUAUUUUGCUUCAAAAGAUUAUUUAAAUUAAGUGACGCAAAUUGAGAGUUGCAGCAUAUAUAUCUUUGUGGCCAAUUUUAAUUAUGUCAUAGAAAGAAAUUGCAAGCUGCUAGUUAAUUUUAGCACUAAAGAUUUCAAUGUGUUAGAAUAAUAACUUAACUCUCCCAUAUGUAACAUUAAUAAUUGAAAGAAGUUGAAGAGCAAGAAUAGUGAUUUUGUGUGAGCUACAUUAUUUUCUGCAAAAAUAAGAUUUUUUUUUGUGUUGUGCCUACCUAACUUUACUUUGAAUCAUCAGUAUAUAUUGCAGUCUCGUUGAGUAGGUCUCAGAGCAAAUAGUUUCCUGAUUCAUCAGGAUCAAUAUCCGUGGAUGCCGCUGGCUUGUUCACACAUUCUCAUGAUUUAAACAAGUUAUUCCAGUUGUUGCGGUACCUUUUCUUAAAGCAAACUAAACUUCAAGACAAACAAAGGCAUAAUGUAUUCUCUGUUGUAGACCUCACAGGUGUUUAAUAAGGUAUUAGAAUACAAUAUUUACUAGUGUGACAAAUGUUGAUUAUAUCCUAUUAGUGCUUACAAUGUGUCCAUUCAAUGUAAACAGAUACUUUGCUUAUGUAAUGAAGACUUGUGGUCAAAACCCCAGUGAA